AGCGCCGCUUCCCUGGAAACCUCGUGCUGCGUCUCAUGUAGCUCUGUGACAACAGGGACCUGAACUAAAAACUUCACUUUCACUACACUUGGAGAACAGUCAUUUCGACAGGAUUAUCAUUUUUAUUAGAAGAUAUAGGCUAAUAACAGGCUAUAUAAUAAUAAGUAAAUUUUGGAUUGAAACUCGCUGGUAAUAAUGCGGAUUCAGAUCCACAUCAGUGUCACUGUCUUGAUCCUGAUCCACAAAUCCGCCUCAGAGGCUGUGAGUCUCCCGUCUCCUGCUAACGUGUCUAUUCAGUGUGACAGCUAUGGAGUUGAAGUUCGAUGGGAAUAUCCUGAUCUCAGUCAGGACGUUUACUUCCAGGUGAAGGUGAAAGGCGAGUUCAGUGAAAGGAACUCUAAUCUUACACAAAAGCUGCAUUUAAACAUAUCCAGUAUGCUGUCUGAGCCAGCAUACAACCGCUACUAUGUUAAUGUGAUGGCCGUACGAGGAGGAGAGAAGUCAGAGCCGACCAAAUCAGAUGCCUUCAGCUAUAACGUAUAUGCUACCGCCCAUAUUAAGUGUUAUUUGGAUUUUCCUGAGGUUAAACUUUCUCCCAAAGAAGGCAAACUUCACGUCCAGUUCAGCAACCCUCUUCAGCUGUACAGAAACUCGCCGGCUCUGCGCGGCCUCACCGAUAAUCUGGUAUACUGUAUCGAAACAGAAGAGGGAAAGAAUGAAGUCUGUGAAACCUGUCAAAGUAAGCAAAAUACAUCAUGCGAGACAUCCGUAGUGUUUUCUGAGCACAGAGGUGAAUACUGCAUCAAUCUGACCGGAAAGAUCGGACAGAGGUUUUUCAAUCUCAGAAGCAGCUGUUUCACAGGAGACAUAAGAAGCUCUUUUCACUUCACAAGACAUUAACUGAUGGACUGGAGUUUCGUGGAUUACUGAGAUGUUUUUAUCAGCUGUUUGGACUCUCAUUCUGACGGCACCCAUUCACACUGCAGAGGAUCCAUUGGUGAGCAAGUGAUAUAAUGCUACAUUUCUCCAAAUCUGAUGGAGCAGCCACAUGAGCGUCUCCUUGCUUCUCCUUGUUUGUUCAGUGAUCACAUUCACUCCACAUCUGCUUCCUCAAAACACAGCAGCUGUAAUGCUUUAAGAGGCUUAACUCACCGCUUUCGGUUUCUUUGUGCUUGUGUUUAUGUCUGUGUUUGUUUUAUCAGCACUUCAGGGUUUUAUCUUAAUACCCGACUGUUAACUUACUCAUCUUAGUAGCUGAUUUGUGUUAUUGUUGUUGUACCUGUCCAGCUGUGACGAACACAACACUUUCUUACAGGUCGCUUCAGUCUGCAGGCAAUGUAAAUGUAAACGCUGCACAAUAAGUAAGUGAGCGGGGAUUGAAUGAGUUUGAUUACUGUUGUGUUGCAGCAUUUAUAACUCAUUCAACCUUGUUUCCAAAGAUAUAACUUUUUUUCCUUAUAUAUUACUAUCCAAAAGUUAAACAAUACUGUUCUCAAGUUUGGGGUCAAUUAGAGUUUUAUUGUUUUGAAGGAUCUUAUUCAAUCAUUUAUUCUCCAUUCAUUUAUUCAUUUAUAAUAAUUUUUCAUUUAAUCAUAUAAUCAUUUAUAAUAAUUAUUAUAGCCAUUUGUAUACUCAUUUCAUUGAUUCAUUAACGGAUUAGUCAUUUUUUGUAUUACUGUUUUUUUUUCCCAUUGUUGUUUAGUCUUAUGAUUGUGUGUUUCAAGGGCUGUUUGUCUUCAUGAAUAAGAGAUACAAGGGAAUGUUGAUGGAAAUUCAAGGUUUAUGGGAUGUUGUAGUAAAGCAGUUUGGAAUAACAGUACUUGUUGGAUUUGUGUUCGUGAGACGAAGUCUGAGCAUUGAAACAUACGCUACUACAAUUAUACAAUAAACUCUGCUCCUUUUUUAUCAUCA